UGAAAAAAAAAUCCUAUCGACAGCUUUCACAGUGAUAGUGACAUUAUCAAAGUAUCAUGAGAUUCAAGAAUCUUAGCGCGUAGGCCGCAUGUUGUAGCCGCUGCCUGAGAUCGCGGUGAGCGUACCUGCAUGUUGAAGGCGAGAAGCUCGGUGCGGGCGGGGCCGAGGCGAAGCGGGCACCAAGCUCGGCCGCGGCGCGCCACGCUCCAGGAACGCCCGCAGCCCGGGCUGCCACCUCAAGAGAGGGCCAAGUGCUUUCGAAUCACUUGCUACGUCAUAGUGCAGUGUGUGGCGGUGUUCGCGGGCGCUAGCACUAUCUACCGGUGCGUGUGGGUGCCGGCGGCUGGGCUGCGCGACUACGACAAGCUGGCGCGCAUCAUGUACCUGUACGACUCGGAAGCGUGCGGGCGUCGCGUGGCCGCUGCGCUCGCCAUAGCCAACCUGCGGCUGAGCAACGCAACGGGAGCGCGCGGCGUGCGUCCCGUGCGCUGGCGGCCCGCCCUCGCCACCGUCUCCGCUAGCCUCUCCGCCGCCACUAGAUGGUACUUGAACUUUAGCGUGGCGAUACACGCACUGUGGUUGCUAUCGGCCGUGCUCCUCAACAUAUUAGUGAAGAUGCGCGCGAGGCUCCGCCUUCAAAAGAUAGGCCUCUCCUUGUUUUUGUACGCCUCGGUGUCUGUGGUGAUUUUCGAUCUGUCCAUGGCUAUUGUGUACGCGUCGCAUAUUAAGAAGAGCCUGACGAAGGGCAUGAUCCUGCGGUACAGCGGGUGGAGCGUCGAGAUGAAGCUGGAGAACUAUUCGGCGUGGGGGGGCUGGGUGCCUCUUGCGGCGGCGCUGUGCUGGGCGCGCGGCGGGCCGUUCGAAUGCCUCAACAUGUAUUGCUGCCGCACCGUGCACCUCACGCUGCGCGGCGUGCGCAAACGCGAGGUGAAGCGUCGGCUCACGUUGUCCGUUAACCCUCCGCUGCCCGAGGCGCGCUCCGAGAACCCCAGCGACGGUACGGUUCUUUACUUUAGAGCCGGCGAGCACAUUCCCUUUAGGGGCAAUAGGAUCAGCAGACACUUGUAGCAUACAUACACAAGGCUGUCGUGCUGUCCGGUGUGUGGUCGGACUAGUCGCGUCACGCCUGCCAUAAACAACAAGCCUGCACAUCAACCGGACUAUAGGUAAAUUUAGCCGUUAUUUUAAUUAGUGUAUGUUGAUGUGACACAAAAGUUGAAGUCGAGAUGUAUACAGUGAUAUUCAUAAUAUAAGGUGCAUAUUUGUUAAGUUGUAAUAAAUAAAUAAAAAUUAC